AUGGAUCCCCUCCGACCGAGCGAUUCGGCCGCAAACCGCGGACCGAGAUCGAACACUCGCAAACGUUCGAGAGAACCAGAUGACAUGUCCUCGCCAGCUCCAUUGCCUCCUUCCAGCCCGACCGCAUUGGGUUCAUCGCCCCCUCCCAUGCCUUUCGACGAUGUGGAUGAAGAUGAAGAUGAUGAGGGUGACCUUGUUCGUGAUAUCGAUGACGUCGAUGAGUUGGCAGAAGAUGAAGAUGGCAUUGAUUUGUUCGGCGACAACUUCGAGCGGGAUUACAGAGAUGCCGCGGACGACCAGUACGCAAACGAAGCGUACAUCGAUGAUGAUGGAGACCAUGAUGAAAUUGAUGCCGCCACACGCCGACAGCUGGAUGCUCGGCUGAACAAGAGAGAUCGAGAACUCGCCCGCCGACGUCGCAUGCCUGCUGCAUUUUUGCAAGACGAUGAUGAAAUGGAGAUGGACCUGUCCCGCCAGCCCCGACGUCGCCGACACCACUAUGAUGAGGACCGUGAAGAUAUUGACAUGGCCGAUGAGGGAAUGGAGGAGCUGUCUCUGGAAGAGUUGGCUGAUGUGAAGGCCGCUAAUAUCACUGACUGGGUGACCCAGCCCCAAGUCCUUCGCUCCAUCUACCGCGAAUUCAAGGCAUUCCUGACAGAAUUUAUCGAUCCAAGCGGUCAAUCCGUCUACGGUAACCGAAUUAAGACACUCGGUGAAAUUAACUCGGCUUCGUUGGAGGUCUCAUACGCUCAUUUAAGUGAGACCAAGGCUGCACUCUCAUAUUUCCUCGCCAACGAACCCACUGAGGUCCUGAAAGUCUUCGAUCAGGUUGCCCUUGAUGUGACCCUCUUCCAUUACCCGCAAUACCAUGAUAUUCAUAACGAAAUCCACGUGCGCAUCACCGAUGUCCCCAUCAUCUACACUCUUCGCCAGCUGCGUCAGUCACACCUCAACUGUCUGGUUCGCGUUAAUGGUGUGGUCACCCGCCGCACCGGGGUCUUCCCCCAGCUGAAGUAUGUGAUGUUCCUCUGCCAGAAAUGUGGCGUUACUCUUGGUCCCUUCCAGCAGGAGGCUAGCGCCGAGGUGAAGAUCUCUUUCUGUCAGAACUGCCAGUCUCGUGGUCCUUUCACUGUCAACUCGGAGAAGACCGUCUACCGCAACUACCAGAAGUUGACGCUUCAGGAGUCUCCCGGCUCAGUUCCGGCUGGGCGUCUGCCGCGCCAGCGUGAGGUUAUCCUUCUGGCUGAUCUGAUCGAUUCGGCCAAACCUGGUGACGAGAUCGAGAUCACUGGUAUUUACCGCAAUAGCUAUGACGCUCAGCUCAACAACAAGAAUGGCUUCCCCGUUUUCGCGACCAUCAUCGAGGCUAACCACGUUGUCAAGUCGCACGACCAGCUGGCAGGUUUUCACCUGACUGAAGAGGAUGAGCGCGAAAUCCGGGCUCUUUCCCGCGACCCUGAGAUCGUAGACAAGAUCGUGCGGUCUAUUGCACCCAGCAUAUAUGGUCACCAGGAUGUCAAGACUGCUGUUGCGCUCUCGUUAUUCGGCGGCGUUAGCAAGCAGGCCCAGGGUAAAAUGUCCAUUCGUGGUGAUAUCAAUGUCUUGUUGCUUGGUGACCCUGGUACUGCCAAGUCUCAAGUUCUCAAGUACGUGGAGAAGAGCGCUCAUCGUGCUGUCUUCGCCACUGGACAGGGUGCUAGCGCUGUCGGUUUGACCGCUAGUGUUCGUCGGGACCCCCUGACUAGCGAGUGGACUCUGGAGGGUGGUGCUUUGGUGUUGGCCGAUCGUGGAACUUGCUUGAUCGACGAGUUCGAUAAGAUGAACGACCAGGACCGUACUUCCAUCCACGAAGCCAUGGAGCAACAGACCAUCUCCAUCUCCAAGGCCGGUAUUGUUACCACCCUGCAGGCCCGUUGUGCCGUUGUCGCAGCUGCCAACCCCAAUGGGGGUCGUUACAACGGCACAAAGUCUUUCUCGGAGAAUGUCGAUUUGACAGAACCUAUCUUAUCUCGUUUCGAUAUCCUCUGCGUGGUACGCGAUUUGGUUGAGCCCACCGAGGACGAGCGUCUGGCCAACUUUGUGAUCGAGUCCCACUCCCGUGCUAACCCGGCUCGCCUCCUACGAAACCAAAAUGGUCAUUUGGUCGACCAAGACGGCAAUCGCAUUGAUUCUGAGGGGUAUCGCAUUGAUAUGGAAGGCCGACGUCUGCCUCCAACCCAGGAAGAGAUUGCGCGUCGUGCGGCAGAGCAGAAGAAAGAAGAUGAAGAGAAGGAAGGUGAAAUUCCACAGGAACUGUUGCGGAAGUACAUUCUCUAUGCGCGGGAGCGAUGCCACCCCAAGCUGUAUCAGAUUGAUCAGGAUAAGGUCGCGCGUCUCUUCGCAGACAUGCGCCGCGAGUCAUUGGCCACUGGUGCCUACCCUAUCACCGUUCGUCAUCUGGAAGCCAUCAUGCGUAUCGCCGAAGCCUUCUGCAAGAUGCGUUUGUCAGAGUACUGCUCCUCCCAGGAUAUUGAUCGCGCCAUUGCUGUGACAGUCGAGUCUUUCAUUGGCAGCCAAAAGGUUAGCUGCAAGAAGGCACUCUCACGUGCAUUUGCCAAGUACACCCUCUCCCGGCCCAAACCCCAAUCUAAGCGUCGUGCUGGCAUCCCCGCACCCAACCCGCAUCUCCACCGGACUGUUGCGACGCCGUGGUGA